GAAAAUAUUGUUGAAAUGAUUUUACCCAAAAUCAGCGGGGAAUAAGUCUCAUCUUCAAGAGAUACCAUCUUGUAACUCUCAGACGCGCCCUUCCUGCUCCAGCACACCUGAAUCACGCAGCAAUUAUUCCGCUCUGCAGAGAUCUGGUAAUGACUUUAUGGCAGGUGUUUGAGAAGGGGUGCAUCUAAAAGGUGCAGUAUGCACUUGAGCUCUUGAGGACUUAGGCACUGAAUACUAUCAGAUAAAUGUCUUUAUGUUUUUGAUAAAUUAUGAAAACGCUUUUUGCCCCUUUUGUUUUAGAAUGAGCGGUGCCUGAUCACAAGCACCGUCUUGCUUCAUUAAAAAGCUGAUCGCGUGACGUACCAAUACGUAACGCCUCUGGGAAGGUGGAGGCUCUCAUUUGAAACAUUUCUUUCCACAGAAAAUGGUUGUAAAUUUAGCGACUGGAGAGGUUAACCAUUUCUGUCCUCACCCAUAGCAGAACUGCGCAAAAAUGAAGCCUUGCGUUCAUAUUUAUCUUUGUUUCGCGGUGUAUUUCGAUUUGGUCUUUUCGAAGGAUGCCCCGGCUCUUGGGUCUGAAAAUAGCCCGAGGCUUUUGAUACCAGGUAUUAUCAGUGAUCAGUAUAAAUAUGAAGUUAAUCAGACCCAUACUGUGUUCUCAUACCGGGAGGAAGAACAGGAGCUUUUUGUCGGAGGCACAGACUUUGUUAUAAAACUCAAUGCAAAUAACUAUAGCGUCAUAGAAAAAUUUCCAAUAAGAACAACUGAACACCAUAAGUGCUCUGACCGUCCCUGUAAAAAUGUAAUCACCGUCAUUGAGAAGUUUCAGGAUGGCAUGUUUGUGUGUGGAACCAACGGACACAAACCAAAGUGCUGGAAACUCGUCCAUUCUGUGAAGAAUCAGACCUAUAAGAUAGAGGAGAGUUAUGAGGGAGCAGGCAUCUCCCCACUGGUCUACACGCACAACUGUUUGUCGCUCACAGUUGAUGGGGAUUUAUACGCAGCAGCGCCUUUGGACAUUGAGGGAAACUCUUUGCAGUUCAGGAGAAAAGCUGGCAAGCGGACUAAUGUCUGGAUGUACGACAGAUGGUUAUCGGAGCCUACAUUCAUAUCAGCAUCCUGGGUGAAGCGUAGCGAAGAUCCGGACAAUGAGAAAAUCUACAUCUUCUUCCGCGAAAAGAACUCUGACCACAGCCCAGACGCCGAUCCCUGGAUUUCUAGGGUGGCCAGAGUUUGCAAGACCGAUGAAGGUGGAUCAAAAAGAUUCUUCCAGAACAUGUGGACGACUUUCCUAAAGGCUCGCCUCGUCUGUGGGUUUCCUGAUGAGUCACUGUUUUUCAAUCGUCUCCAGGACAUCUAUGUGGUGCACGCCGAUGACUGGCACCAAACCAGAGUCUACGCACUUUUCACAAGCAGCUGGAACUCAACUGCGGUUUGCAUCUAUUCAAUAGAAAUGAUAGAUAAGAUAUUUGAAAACUCAGCUUUCAAAGGAUAUGCUAACGAAAUCCCUACACCAAGGCCUGGAACUUGCGUCCCAAACAGCAAAAGCCUGCCCCGGGCCACAGUGAACGUAGUGAAGGAUCAUCCUGAAAUGGUUGACUGGGUGCAUUCCCUUCAUUCAAAAGCUCCUUUUUAUGUAAGCAACUAUAAUUACACCAAAAUAGUUGUUGACCGGGUUCAAGGAGCAGACCAGCAAGUGUACAACGUUUUGCUCCUUGCUACUGAUACUGGCAAAAUCCAUAAAGUCCUAGAGGCUGGUUCAGAGCCUUUCAUCAUAUUGGAAACGCAGAUCUCCAAAAUUUCAUCUAUACAGGCAAUGACGCUUGACUCUCAAAAGAAAAAGUUAGUGGUGGGUUUCUCUGAUAAAAUAUCUACAGUGGACCUUCAAAAGUGCAAAGUGUACAAUGCGUCUUGUGCUGACUGUGUCCUGGCACGGGACCCCUACUGUGCAUGGACCACAUCUGGAUGCACCCCUUCUAACCUUGGUGGCAUUCAAAAUAUAAAAGAUGGACAUAAAAGUGUUUGCUCACAAAAUAAAGUAGCGAAUGAGUCACGGGGAACGACCAGGUCCAAAAGGCAGAUACGUUCACCAGAGAGUUCAGGGACAGUCCACUCAGUCCCCGAAGGUGUCCCUUUCUAUCUGUCCUGUCCUAUAGAGUCUUAUCAUGCAAAGUACACCUGGAAGCAUGGAAGUCACGACAGACCGUGCCUGCAAAUGCUUUCUAACUGUCUGCACCUUAUUCCUUCAAUGGGACCAGAGGACUAUGGGGAAUAUGAAUGCGUCUCCACAGAGAAGGAGUACAACAAAAGUUUGAAAAAAUACUUUCUUAAGCAGCAGUAUGAAAAGCAAGACGGCAGGUCUGCCAAUUAUAAACCGAAUGAUGCACCAAUCCUUGCUCCUGAGCUGUUGUGGAUUAUACUCUGCACUGCAGUGCUGUGGGAAAUUUUGAGAUAGUUUCUGCUAAUUUGGGAUUUGAUAUCAGUUUUCUCAAAUAAUGGCAGGCUGUACCACAGUUAUAACAUCAAAUUAAGCUAAACUGACCUUUUAGUUUAGACCUUUUAGCCUUUUAGUUUGACCUUUUUUGUUGUGAGACUCUGCUAUGGCAUGCACAUCUUGGCAACUUUUACUAAAUAGUUCUCACUGGAAAAAAAAGGGAGGUUACCUCUGUGUCAUGUUAUUGGGAGGAUGGAAAGCUUGAUAAAUAGAUGGAGAAGGAUUUCA